AUGGGAAACAUCAUGUCAGUAUCCUUCGCCCCCGAGUGUACUCCAGCCAAGAAAGCAUACGACGACUGUUUCAACAAAUGGUACACUGAAAAGUUUUUGAAAGGAAAAUCGAUGGAGAACGAGUGUUCGGAGUUCUGGGACACCUACAUCUCCUGCAUCAACGCAAACUUGGAAAAACAGGGAAUAAAGCCCAUGUUGGAUAAGGCCAGGGAAGACCAACCAUUUUCGCACGACGAAAUCGAACGAUCGAAGUAA